AUGAUCACUGGCUAUACUGAGGUCCUGGUUGUAACAAUCCCUGGUCAUAUUGAGGACCUGGUUAUAAUGAUCACUGGCUAUACUGAGAUCCUGGUUGUAACAAUUCCUCGUCAUAUUGAGGACCUGAUUAAAAUGGCGACUGGCUGUACUGAGAUCCUGGUUGUAACAAUCCCUGGUCAUAUUGAGGACCUGAUUAAAAUGGCGACUGGCUGUACUGAGAUCCUGAUUGUAAUAAUCCCUGGUCAUAUUGGGGACCUGAUUAUAAUGAUCACUGGCUACACAGAGAUCCUGGUUGUAACAAUCCCUGGUCAUAUUGAGGACCUGAUUAUAAUGAUCACUGGCUACACAGAGAUCCUGGUUGUAACAAUCCCUGGUCAUAUUGAGGACCUGAUUAUAAUGAUCACUGGCUAUACUGAGAUCCUGGUUGUAACAAUCCCUGGUCAUAUUGAGGACCUGAUUAUAAUGAUCACUGGCUAUACUGAGAUCCUGGUUGUAACAAUCCCUGGUCAUAUUGGGGACCUGAUUAUAAUGAUCACUGGCUAUACUGAGAUCCUGAUUGUAACAGUCCCUGGUAAUAUUAAGGUCCUGUUUUAA